CAUUUGGGUGCUCCUAUGUUGUCAGUCAUUCAGAGCCAGCCUCUGCAGGGAGACACAGAGAGAGAGACAGUAAAACAGAGACUCAGCAUCAUGGACGUGUCCUCAGUCCUGCUGCCGUCCAUGCUCGAGGAUCCAAGCCUCAUGUGUGAACCAUCAGUGCAGAUCUUCGAGCAGCCGAAGCAGAGAGGAAUGCGCUUCAGGUACAAAUGUGAAGGACGCUCAGCAGGCAGCAUCCCAGGAGAGAAGAGCAGCGACAACAACCGCACCUACCCAAGUCUGCAGAUCCUGAACUACAGCGGUAAAGGAAAGGUGAAGGUGUACCUGGUGACUAAAAAUGAGCCUUACCGUCCUCAUCCUCAUGACCUUGUGGGUAAAGACUGCAGAGACGGAUUCUAUGAGGCCGAGUUUGGACCAGAUCGGCGAGUCAUCGCUUUUCAGAACUUGGGGAUUCAGUGUGUUAGGAGGAGGGAGGUGAAGAACGCCAUCAUUCAGAGGAUGGCGAGGCAGAUCAACCCCUUCAAUGUACCACAGGAGCAGCUACUACAGAUCGAGGAGUACGACCUGAACGUGGUGCGGCUGUGUAUCCAGGUUUUCCUACAGGAUGAGAACGGACAGUUCACCAGAGCUCUGAACCCAAUCGUCACAAACCCCAUCUACGACAACCGAGCUCCAAACACAGCUGAGCUGAGGAUCUGUCGAGUCAACAGGAACAGUGGCAGCGUUAAAGGAGGAGAUGAGAUCUUCUUACUAUGUGACAAAGUCCAGAAAGACGACAUCGAGGUCAGAUUCUUCUCCUCUGAUGGCUGGGAGGCCAAAGGCUCCUUCUCUCAGGCUGACGUCCACCGUCAGGUCGCCAUCGUCUUCAAGACUCCGCCCUACUACAACACCUCCAUCGUUGAGUCAGUCACGGUGCACAUGCAGCUACGUCGACCCUCUGACCAGGAGGUCAGUGAACCCAUGGACUUCAGAUACCUGCCAGACGACAAAGAUCCUUAUGGCUACAAUGAAAAGAAACGCAGGAGAGAGAACCUGAUGAGGAUAUCAGGACUGUCAGGUGGUCCAUUCGCUGGUCUGUCCAUGAACAGACCCAAGGCGGUCCCUCAGAGCACCAUGGGUCACAUAAGAAAAGCUGAGCUCAGCGGUCUGUACCUGAGGCAGCAGCAGCAGCACGCCCCAGUGAUGACCCAACAGCCUGUGUUCAACCAGCAGUACCAGCCGGCCAAUCAGAGUGUCAUGAUGUCAUCGCAGCCUCCUACUGUACCUGUUAGCCAUCAGUGGACCAAUCCCAACCCCCACAUCUCCAUGGAAACAGUCACCAUUAACCCAUCAGGUGCCAUGAACCACCUGUCCCGUCCUGACCCUUCUAGAUCUCAGCCAGGUCGAGGACCAGGAUUUCCCAACAGAGUACAGCAUGGCUUUGAGACCACCAUCCUCCCUGAGCUUUCCAUGAAUGAUCUGCAAUGCCUUGACUCGACCCCACAGGUACCCACACUGGGCCAACCUGAGACCCAGACCCUGUUCCCCUUGCAGCACCAGAGAAUGGGGAUCAAUCCAGAACACCGGAACCAGAACCAGAGCCUGAACCAGAAUCAGAACCAGAAUCUGAACCAGAGCCAUGGUUUACAGUCUCCAUGGCCCACAUUCAACCACCUCAAUCCCACCCAGAGCCCAUUUAAUGGCUCAGUACCAGGAGGUGGAGGGGGGUCCCAGGGGUUAAACUUGUUCUUGGAUGGGAUGGAGGGGGAAGAGUUUCUCAAGGGCCUUGUGGGGGCAGAGUCUCAGACCACUUUCCAUUUAAAACAGGAACCACAAGUCCCAGAAACUCCUGCACCACUUCUUCAACCCCCAAGAGAAAACCCAGGAAACACCUACACCAACCUGCUGCCCCGACCGAUCAGCAACGGCUCCAACCUGGAGCCAAUGAGACGAGACUGCAGCGUCAACACACAGCAAAUCAAAAGCAGCCCUGACAGUCACUACCCAACUCUGGCCGACUACAUCAGAUCUAGCCGACAGACUCACUGAGAUCAGCUGACAAGGAUCAUGCCUGUCUUAUUUAGUCCUGUAGGGGGGAGACACCUGGCCUCUCCAGUCCUGCUCAUAAACUGCAGUCUGCAGACUCAGUGGGGUAGCACUGAGAUUUUACAUCAGAGCACAGAGCUGUAGGUGGGACUACUUUUUAUGGAUCACUUCUUUUUCAAACACGUGAUAAGACUCUCCUCAGUGGAUCUGCACCAUCUCCUGUCACUUGUACACUGAUGACAUCUUGUUCUAUCCUGAGAGCUCAUCUAAAUGAACAUCACACCAGGAUGAUGAACAGUUCCCAUCUUGUUAUACCUGCUUUAAUGGAUCUUCCUUACAAUGCUUACAGGCCAUCCUUAAGCUGUUGUGAGGCUCUCAACCCAGUUAAACAGAAGAACAAUUACUAUACCUGUUUUAUACCUGUACUAUCAGCUGUACUGGUUUCAUGUUAACAUCAGAAUUAAUUUUAGGUUGGAGAUAUACUUGCUUUUUAGCCUUGAAUGCAACUACCUGUCAUAAGCAUAGUUGUAAAUAUACUUUGAGAUACCAAAUAUGUUACUAGAGGAUACUUGUAGAGGCAAAACCAGAGAGCCCAGGCUAAUUACAUGCACCUGAUGUGUGAGAUGUAAACUACAAAAAGGAUGACACUCCAGGAGGUUACAAUUAUGUUAGAAUUAAGCUAAAAUUAGCAUCUAUAGUCAAUAGUGACAUCAGAUCAGCUCAAACUGAUGACCAGUGUAUUGAACACACUGUCAGCAGCGACUACACUCUGUUUCUCCAACAUUUUCCUUCGUGCACGGAUGCAACUGUCCCAGUAUUACGGUGUGAUAAGCAACCGUGUUAACCAGUGACUUUCAGCUGCAUGUAUCCAUAGAUGUCUUCAUUUGAGCUGCUUAAAAGAACAGUCCGUUUGAAGCAUUCUUUGUCUAGUUUUUCAUUAUAAUUUCAAAUAUACACGUCAGAUGUGUAUCAAAUGAAAAGUCUCCACUUUACUGGGCCUGUAGUCAAGCAAAGAAAAAAGUGGUCAAUCAAAAUGACUCCCACACACAGACCAAUUGAUUGGUUGUUCACGUAAAAAAAAAGAGAGGAAGAGAGACAGAAAACUUUACCUUUAUCUCAACAUCAGUUUAAUCUGUGACAGCUUCCUCUGGUAGACCACAUGAUCUUUAAAAAUUAACAUAACAAGCUUUAAUCAGAUAAUUUCUGUGAUCAACAAAAACUAUUUAGCAUCAUACAGCACGUCAGAAAACCUGCAGCGUUUAUUUAUUGAGGUGAAGGGAAAAAGUCUCUUAGCUGGGAUUUAACAACCAGAAGACAUUGUCUUUCUCUCUCCUGCUCCGUGUCUGUCUGUAACAGACAUUCACACUAACAUGUACAUGAGAUGAUAAAGGGACUUAUUACUUGUAUUUGCUUACCUGUGAAUUAAAAAGACCUUAGGAGUUGAUUCUUUGAUGGAGGGCAGCAGGGACACUCAGCAGCGCCAAUCGUACAUAAUCCUGCAUCAGUCAAGUUUCAGCUAUGUUGUUUCUGAGUUAGUUAUAGCUGUAAAAAAAAUCAGAAUAUAUGACAUAUUCUACAUCCCUUUGUGCACCUCUCUACCUGGAUUGCCCAGCACUGUAUUGCUCGUCUCUCCUGUUGCACAUCUCUCAGUGUGGCCAACUGAUGAGCAGGGUCUUGGCUGGAUGAGAGCAUACUGACCAAUUAAUCAACCAACCAACUGGAAGGUGUCAGCCCAUCAAUUUACAUGAUCCUUAAUAAACUGAAACAAUGAUCUGAUUUUCAUUGUUUUGUCGAGUAUCCAUGUUGACUUCUUAAACAGAACUGCUCCAUCCCAGAUAUUUACAGACGCGGUUUUCUCUGUGCAGUAGAGAUGGCACAUCAUACAUAUGUGGAUAAUUGCAGUCUUGGUCCAUCUGUUUGUCUUUAAAGUUUUUUACCACUGCUGUAGAGCGUCUUGCUGUGUCCCUAGUAGUGAACCGUGUAGUGCAUCGUUAGGGAAUAUGACAUUUUGUGGUGCUGAGUGAGUAUUGUUAGACCCUAUGUAGUGCACUCAUACUGUUAGUUUUGAUUCCCAGCUGUCGUCAUGGAUGUCUAUAAGCCGUUGUUGAUGGCCUCAUAGUCCGUGGCUGGAGUAGUAUCUGAAAUAGUUUUUGUUUUGUGCACUUGAGUCCGCCAUAUUCUAAUAUAGACAGCUCACUGUGUAGUGGAUAGGGGGUAGGGAAAUGAGUGUGUGGUUCAAGACACUGCCUCCUACUUUUCAUGCGUAAACUGUAGCUUGAAACUACAUUUUAAAGGAAUGUACAGCCAAAUCAUGGUCAGUAUAAAACAUGGACGUAGUCUGAGUGAUGUCACCCAGGCUUUUUGGUUGGUGUAGGUUUCCUUACUGGAAUUGUUAUCCCAAACUAGCCUUUGGCACACCUAGAAAUAGACCGUGUUAGAGAUGACAGCUACUACAGAUAAGCCACGCCUCUAAUUAUGCAUAGCUCUUAUGAUGAGUUAUAAAGAGAAUUCAGCCAUGUGUUGAUCAAGAAAUGAGCUAUCCAGCCAAUGUAUUUUUUAAACCAGGCUGUAAUAAUGUUUUUUUUUCUGCUGUAACAAUGUGCAUUUUUGAAUAUGUGACUUCAGGGCUUCUGUGUCAAGCUUAAAGAGGAAAGUGCAGGCUUUUUUUAAACUUCUGUAGAGGUUGCCACUUUGCUCCAAAUGCAUACGGAGGAUAUGACACAGUCAUAAAUGUAGAUGCAACUUAAAAGCAAGUUUAUUUCCAAUCUUAAAAAAUGAGAUAUCACAGGCAGAGAUGGGCAUAGUUAGCCUGUAACAUGACUUCACUUUCACAGAAAAAUUCAUAUCAUGAUUCUCUAAAGUGAACUGUUUCAGCCCCUCCUGCUGACUGGCAGGUGUGUUUGCUGUCCAGCUGCUGCUUUAACUCACUGGUCUUAUCUUCAGGUGAGCCAGUCAGAUUGAGCUCAUGAGUCCAGCUGGUUUCUGUUUGCGAUACGAAUCAGGUCACUUGACAAUUAUGAAAUGUGCAGCUGGUUUCUAAGAAGUGAAUGUAUUUUUUUCCCUUGUUUCUCAGGUGAAGCUUGUUCACUGUCAACAUUAAGAUUGUCAAUAAGGUGUCUAAAACUUUGAAUCUUUUGGAUAUCCCAUUUUUUAGAAAUGACGCAUUCCCUGUUAUUUUAAUGAUCAAUAGUAUCAAACAGUUGGGGACCUUAGAGAAUCUAUAUCUGCUUCAUCAGACAAGUGUGUAGGAGAAAAGCUUAUCCAUCAAACUUCACUGAUUAAACUGCGCAACAACAUUGGAGACAUUUCCAUAAAAAAAUGUGCAUAUUUCAUAGUAUGCACGACUUUACCUGCAAUUUUUGUUGAUUAGAAUAAAAACCCAAUAUUGGGUGUAUUGGAAUUUUACUUUUGUUGCUGAUGUGUCAAACCCCCUCAAUACUGUUUAUUUUUUAUUAUAAUUAUGUCAAAGUCAGGUAUGUCUUGACAACCUUUGUCAACAUUUUCUGCAGGGGGAGGGGGGGAUGAUUUUUACAUUCCCGCAUGUAAAAAGAACUUUUAUGAAUCUUUCUUUAUUUCUUUGUAAAGACUUGGUACAUAUUGUUGUGUUUUAUGUUGUUUCAGCAGAGGUCUCUCUGUCAUUUAGCUGUUCUCUGUAUGUGUGUCAGCCUCAGCUCUGAGUGAAACUUUCUGAAACACUCUUAAUGUGGUGGGGUCUGAAACUUUCCUAGAGGAAGUGAGAGGAAAUACAAUGAGUGUUCCCUUGGUAAUGACUAUGUCAUAUCACUGAUCACAUGCUAAUCACAGUACUUAAACCAGAUGUUGUAAGAAUAAGAAAUGUUUUAUUUUAGCUUGACAGAGGGCAUCUGAUAGGUUCCACACCUGUCUCCUAAAUCACCCUAAUGUGUCCUCUUUUUACUUUGUACAUGUUCUUUGCUUUAAAGUGAUUUUUUAUUUUGAUGACUUCAUUGUAAGAUUUGUAUUUUUUUGGACUACAAUACAAUUAUUUCUUAAUAAACAGAGUCUGUUUUA